CUUUGUUCUUCGCGUAUGGCCCUGCCCUCCGUCCUUGCACACUGUCAGGCAGACCGCCAAACUUCGGGACGUGCAAGCCGCGGGCAAGGUGUUUGCGGAUUUCGGGAUCAGGGGGUCGGUGUACCCAGUUCAGAGCUCCGCCCGCUGGGAACACGCACGUGGCGAGGCAGGUUGCAGGCGGGCCACUUAUUCCGCGUACGUGCAGCGACCAAUCGGGCCCGGCGGGCUUCUAGGGGGCGGGGCGUGCGGGGGCUAGUCCAGGCCGGGGUCCUGCAGCGCUGUCCACCGCCGUGCCUCACGCGUGGGAUGCUGCUUCUGGCUGCUGGCGGCCGGUGGGCGGCCGGACUGCGGCUCGGCGGGAAGAGGGCGGUGCCGUGGGCGGUCACCGCGCUCCGGGGCGCCAGGGCGGCUGUCUCGCCGGCGACCUUCUGCAGCGGCUCUUCGGGGCCAGUCGGCGGCGGGAGCGCGGGACUCCGGGGAGCCGCGCCGCUUCUCCCGCGUCUCGUGCGAACGCAGAUACCUGUUUGUUGGGAAGGAUGUGUUCGAUGCUUACGUACACAAGUUGAAAAAUCAGAAGAUGGAAGGCUGAUUUAUACUGGGAAUCUGGCCCGGACAGUAUUUGGUGUGAAAUGUUUCUCUUAUUCAACAAGUUUGAUCAGCCUUGCAUUUCUGCCAUACAUUUUUGCACAAAAUAAUAUCAUAUUUGGAAGUCUGCCUUUACAGAUCUUAUUUUACGGCGUCAUAGGAUGCUUUACAUUGAUCACUCCAGCACUGCUCCACUUUAUUACAAAAGGCUAUGUCAUUCGGUUGUACCAUGAGGCCACAACAGACACUUAUAAGGCCAUUACUUACAAUGUGGUGCUUUCAGAGACGAGCACAGUGUUUCACCAGAAUGAUGUGAAGAUUCCAAACAGCACACACGUGUUUACCACAUUUUAUGCUAAAACGAAAUCAUUGUUAGUUAAUCCAGGUCUCUUUCCAAACCCUGAAGACUAUGACCAUCUAAUGGGUUACGACAAACCGUUCACUUUCGAGAUGGAAGAAACCAGUGACAAGAAACAGGUUAAAGAUGAGAAAUGAAUUUUUUGUUUUUAUGUUGGUGCUUAAAUGUGAUUUAUAUUCUGAUGUAUAAUAAUAAGAUCUCCUUUAUUUUUAUUUUCUGUUAGUGACUGAUUGUUAAAAAUAAUUUGAAACUGUAGCAAACAGAACUUGGAAUUAAUUUUUAGAGAAUUAUGUUCCUAUUCAGAGAAUUAUGUUCCUAUACAAUAAAAUAACUAUGUUUGAAAAACAAAACAUGUAAUAUUGCACCAUUUGUGUUUUAAAAACGGUGUGAAAACUCAUGUACUUGCUGGCCUAUGCAUGGAAAAUUAAUAAGUGUAGUUGACUCUCUGCUGGGGAUCAGGUGUCAGAAGCAAAUGGGAAGUAUUUUUCCUUUGUAUUUGUAUUUUUCUAAGUGUAUAGAUACUACCUUUCUCACAUUAAAAACUCUAGUUUUAAAAAUUCAUAAAUUAUGAAAAACUGUUAAUCUGCUUUUUUUUUUUUUGGUUCUGAACUCAGGUGGCUGAAGGUGGUUGCCUAGGUUUUCUGGCAGGGUUGUAGUCGAGUGUGGUUAGCGAUGGGAAAAUGGUGACUUAAGUAGUGUUCUAUGGUCCCAUUUGUCAUCAUGUAGAGUCCCACUUGGUGCACUCAUCAGGAAAAUCACAUGUACUAAAUAGGCGGACAGUACCUUUUCUAAAAAAGCAAUCUCUUUGCUAACGUUAUCAAGUAUUGGCAUUUUAAGAUUUUUACCUGUAAUUGUAAAAUGGAAGUUGGUUCCUGUGAAGGAUUUUCAGCCAGGAGCAAAAGACCUCAAACCACGCUGUUUAGAUCAGUAGAUACUUAUUCAGCAUGUAGCGUGUGCCAACUAGCUAGUACCAACUAGUAUAGAUACUAUGCUAGUUGCCAGAGUCACAGUUAGGGAAACAGUCUGUAUGGAGCUGCCUAAUAUCUUUUUUCACCUGCCACGGUGGUAAAUCUAAUUUUUACAGCUCGCCUGUGUGUAAGGAAGCUUGGUGGGGAAACAAUAAGGGCAUCACUAGUUCAUAGGGAAGGAUCAUUCAAGUCAAGCUGUUAAAAGCUUAUAGGAGGCGAUGUAGGAAAGUUCUGUGAGACCUAGAGCCCGCCUUCUCUUGCAUCAGCGAACUUGCCUGGCAGAGGGCCGUCUCCAGGUCGUAGAAAGAUGAGCAGGCUCGUACCAUCUCCGUCUCCAAUUGGGCCUUUGCCUGCCUUUCUCUGUCCUAUGUUACCUAGAAAAUAUCUAUCUAUCUAUUUAUCUAUCUAUCUAUCUCUGUCUGUUGCUGUCUUAGCAGUGAAUGUGAUUUAUAUCUUUCUAUAGAAAAUUAUGCCAUCAAAUUGCUGAUUAUCAAAUAUUUGAAAGUAGAAGCAAGAAAAAAAUCACUCCUAAUUUCACUCCUAAAAACACACAGCAUUGUUAACAUUUUAAAGUUUUCUUCUAAGGGUCCUUCCUG